CAUAAAGUGUCCUCAGGGCUCCCGAUGACAUUACCAAGCACUGCAGUAGAUUCCUGGUUUCGGCCUGUCGCAGCCUCUCUCAUAUUACUAAGAGUCGGUGCUUUUAGUGUGUGUUUCUGAAGAAAUAUUCAAGCCACAUUUGUUCUCAAAGCACAAAUUGGGAAAAUAGAUUGCUCCUCACCUGCUCUCCGAGCUCUCUCGCUGGAAGCCAUGGCGUCAGUUCCUUCUAUUGGUUGCCUUCUGGCCAAAAAUCAGUAUUAUCGAAAACCUAGUAUCUCUUCACUUAGUUCAGUGACUGGCACUGACUCUGCCAGCAUCGGAGAUGAAGAGAAACCUCUACCAGGGUUACCGGAAGUGGCAGAAUCCACCUGGUGGUUUAAAUCCUUUUUCUAUUCUGAACCUGUGCUUUCAAAUGUGAGAAGCAAAGAUCUGUCUGCCAGUGGCACUCACAGCUGAUUUUCAAAUGAAGAUUUCUCCCUGCUUUGGAGCUGCAGAAGAGAGUCCUAUCCUCAGCAUGCCAGCUAUUCCAAAAGACUCUUCUGAUUAGAUCUUGUCUUUGAGACUGCAUCAAAAAGUCAGUAACAGAGAAGAAGUUGGUGCAUUCUUCUCAAUGCUAAGAGGGUCACUGGAAGCAGCAUCAGCUACAGGGAGACUGGAAAACACACUUUGAGAGAAAUGUGUUUCUACUUUGUUUCCUUAGAACAGGAAGAGUUUUUUUUAUUAUUUGUAUUAUUUUUACCUGGAAAUUUAAGUUAGACUCUUUUUAUGUCUGUUAAAUGAUUUAUAAUGUCUUAAAGUUGGAGCAUCUAUGUUCCCUGUAAUAGUUCAGGGUACUGGAUUCCAACGUGUAGAAAAGAGUUGCAAAGUUAUAUUUCUAAUCACAAAGACUGCAAAUAGCAACACACCUUUAAAUGUUUUACCUUUCAAAUACACUAUUAUAGAUCAAACUUCAGAGGGUUUAAAAUUCAUGAUCUUAAUACAUAAAAACAUGUGAAAGUAUGGUGAUACAAUGUUAAGGAAAAAAGCACAAAAAUCUUAAUAUAUGAUGUGAUUUUAAUUGUAUUAAAAUUAUAAAUGGAUAGGAAUAGAUUAGAAAGAAUGACACCAAAAGGGAGAUGGUGGUUAUUUCUAGAGAUGAGAUAAUGAAUAAUUACAAUGUUCUUCUUCAUAUGUCUUUUUGUAUCUUUGUAUUUUCUAGGGUGACAGUUUUUGUACAUAAAGUCAAAAUCAUGAUUGUUAACAUAAAAAGAAAUGCUGAAAUAAAUUGUCUGAAUAUACAUGUUCCUGAAAUUUAGCAGAAUAUUCUCUAUUUUCUUCAAUCUUUAGAUUUCAAUUUCAAUUAGAUGAAAGUUAAUGAGUUAAUGAGUUUUAUUUGAAAACCUUCAGUAAGCUGCUUGUAAGUGUUUUUCAAUGUAAGAUGGGAGGCUUAGAGGUUAGGGUUACUGAAUUCACUUAGAGGUAGAUGAUACCAAAGACAUGUAGCUAACGUUGUGUGAAACACCCAACAAAGUGCAUGUGGUUGUAACCCUAUUAUAGAAUCAGGACAAAAUGUCAAGCCUGGUGUUUGUAUCGUUGACAUUAGUGAUGGAUCAUCUACUCUUUCCCAAUGGGAAGUACAUUUUUUUCAGUUUUGGUUUUUUGUUUUCCGUUUCUUCACUGUCAGUUGAGAACUCAAAUGUUACAUUCUCCUAUUUGAGCGAGGGCAAACCUUUUAAUGAUACAAACAUCCCACUGUGGUGUGCAUGGCAUAAGUUCGUCACCCCUGUCCUAGAUCAUUGCUUGCCAAUUAUGGCUUUCCUGGUGUUUGCUUGCAUACAUACUUCUUAUUAAUUUAUGGAAGCCAGUGUAAUGUUUUGCAUGUGUAUUUCACUUGAUUUAAGUCUAAAAUAAAAUCACAACAUUUAGCAACUGACCAAAUCGAGAGGGAAAAUGUAGUAAAACAAAAUGCUAAACUGAGAGGUCUGUUUUUAUGUUUAUAUUAUCAACAAAUUCCACUUUUGUUAAGUACUUGUUUAAUGUGUGAACAGAUUGUUUAUAGGAUGAAUGUAUCAAAAUGAGAACUUAGUCCCUACUUUGUUUACUUAGAAAGAUACCGUUUAUUCAAUUAUUUAAUUUUUUGGCCAAUAUAAUUUUUGCAUUUAGAACAUGUUAAAAAUAUAACUUUUAACUUAACUUAGACAAAUGUUAUUGUUUCUAAAAGCUGUUACUAUUUAAAGUAGCUGCACUUUGUAUAAUGCUUCAAGUCAAACAUUACAUGAGCAUAAUUGUUGACUAUUUUUAGCAUGGUUGUGUGUACAAACAUAUGCACACAAACAUAUAUAUAUAUGUAGAUAUAGAUAUAAAUAUAGGUAUAGGUAUAGAUAUAAAUCUAUGGAUACAUUGUGAGGAUGGAUACCUUGCAAAUAUAUAAUCUUUCUCAAAAUAAUAUUAAAAUAAAUACAUAAAAUUAUUUGAAAAACUGAAAGAAUUCUCAUGUGCUACCCCAGAAUUUCUACAAAAUUAGGAUGAAAAAUAAAGAGAACAAAUGUCAUCUUACUAA